AAACAGUAGAUCAAGUGGAGAUUCAAUGGGAUAGAAAAACGCCAAUUGUAAUAGAAUCACCUAUAGAAUUACCCGAAUUCAACCUUAUAAGUUAUAAAUACGAUAAUUUUACUAGACAUAUAGAUACAGGUGCUUUUAGUUUCCUGAAUGCAACCUUCAGAUUGGAACGUCAGAACGGAUAUCAUUUGAUACAAACUUAUCUUCCGACGUUCUUAAUAGUCAUGAUUUCUUGGGUAUCAUUUUGGUUGAACGUCGACGCCACACCCGCCAGAGUGACGUUGGGAGUGACAACUUUGCUGACGUUAACCACGGUCGCUUCCGGUGUAAGAACUCAACUUCCUCCUGUAUCUUACGUGAAAGCCAUCGAUGUCUGGAUAGGAACUUGUUCGGUGAUGGUAUUCGGUGCUCUCUUAGAGUUCACUUUAGUUAAUUAUUUAUCUAGAAGUAAACACUGUCCAGAAGAUUUCAGAAGAUCUUUAAAUAUUUUUGCAAGAACGAAAAAGAUUCCAAUUAAUAACGACUUGGCAGAGAAGGCAAAUGCAUCCAAUGAAUUAGCUCGCAAUGUGAAGAGAGCCAUGAUGGUGGACAGAACGGUGGUGAAUACAGACAAGAAGAUUCUGGAUAAGAGAGUCCACAGAGGGGAAAAACGAACUACUUCCCUUGAGAUCGAGUAAACAAUUCCAAAAGUCAUUAUCGUAAAAAUGAUUGUGAUAGGUAACCUUACACCUUCGACCACGAGAUGCUUUGUCUGUCGUUUGUUUUGAUGCAAUAUUAUAUUCUAUACUCUACUCGUGAAAGAAAUCACAAAAAAAUUAAAUAAAAAUUUAUUGAUAUAAUUAUUUAUCUCCAAGCUUCGCCCAUGGAAAAUUGUUCACCGAUGCCCAUGGUUCAGGAAGAGAAAUCUUCAUGAUCAGUGGCGUGCAGUCCAUGAAAGUUGUGGAAACGCCGCUUCCCUUGUAUUUUCUAAAAUGUAAACACAUAUUGUGCGAUUAUUUUUAUAUUUUAA